AUUGCUGACGUCACAUGUUGUUUUCCCACAAUGCGUAGCGAAUGAGCCACGUAAACGCAAGGUUUGAUUGCAUUUAUGGCUCACAUCUGCCCGCCUGCAAACAUCUCCUUCUGAAGGAUGCUGCUUCAUCUCUCAAGGUUGUGUGGCGUGUCAGGACAUCUCUGAGAUGGCCUCGGUGCUGUUCGCCUCAGUGAUUCGGGUCGUGGACGGCCUGCCCCUGUCGGCGUCCACGGACUACGAGCAGGACAAAGACCUGCAGGAGACCAAGAGACACCUCAAAGGUCUCUCCAAGAAGCUGGGCCAGUUUCCCGACCGCUGCACCCUGAGGUGUGGCCUCUACAAUGUCAAUUUCAGCAGUGCUCUGGGCGUGGGCUACAUGAUGGUGUGCUCCUCAAGCUACCCCAACGUGCUGGCCUUCUGCUUCCUGGACGAGCUGCAGAAGGAGUUCAUCGUCACCUACGACAGCAGGCGGGUGGUCGGCGCCGUGCGGCCGUACUCCUUCAUCGAGUUCGACACCUUCAUCCAGAAGACCAAGCAGCGCUACAACAGUCCUCGCUCGCUCUCCACCAAGAUCAACCUGGCCGACAUGCAGACUGAGAUCAAACUGCGGCCGCCUUACCCGCUGACCCCCGACGACCUGCACGCCAUCAACGGCUUGUCGCCGCGCCUGUCCUCCAAGUACAAGGGCAUCGCCCCCACUCAGACGUUGGAGCCGCCCACCUUGCCAGGUGUGGUGUCCUGUGUGCUGAGUGUCCUGUGCGGGGGUCUCAACCUGCUGCGAGGGGUCCACGCCAUGGAGAGUGUCCUGCAGAACGAGGAGGAGGACUUCAACUACGUGAUGGCCUUCUUCCUGGGCACCGCUGCCUGUCUCUACCAGUGCUUCCUGUUUGCCUACUUCUCGCUGUGGCGCGACCUGAAGUCCUUCCUGGCGUUGGCGCUGGUGUGCGUGUGCAACAUGUACCUCUACCAGCUCAGGAACGUGUGGCAGAUCCUCUUCCACGUGGCCGUGGCCGCCGCCAUGACGCUCAGCAUCCGCCUCAGGCAGCCGCUGGGCAAGGCGCCGGACUACAACGUCUGACCAUGAACGCAACACCCUCAGACUUUUGCAGCAGCAACACCCAGGUGUCACACACACACACACACACACACACACACACACACACACACGCUCCUUGACGACUAAGGUUCAGGUUCUGUUGAAGCUAUGCAAAGCUGCCUCACACACACCUUUUUGUUGUUCUCCCUUUGACAUUAUUUAUUGGUGAAUGGUUUUGUCAUGUGAUCACUGAGCGGCCAAUCACAGUAGAGAACACAAGGUGUUGUUGGAAUGACUCAUCGUUUCAUACAGCAGCUUCAUGAGGCGUUCAGUGACUGACUUGUACCUAAUUGUGACAUUUUUAAUAGCAAUAAAAGGCUAAAGUGCU